AUGAACAACCUCCCGGCUAGGGCAUACGGCAGCCCGGUAGUCUACGACGCCUACGCUUCUCAAAGUGCUCCAUACCCGACGGUAACCAAGGUGAUCUCAACGAUUGCUCUGCUGGUGUUGGGUUACUAUGCUCUUUCCGUUUUUGACGCCUGGCCCUCCACCGUUCAACGAUACUGCUACGAAUCGUUCAUCUAUCUCCUUCCCUCGAGGCUUCUCUAUAUGAUGCAGCGUGCCCUUGUUAGGCUUGGUCGCUUGUCCCCCGAGGAUGCAAGAUUCAGUCGAGCUGACUUUGGAAAUAUGUUCGCAAAAGAAGAAGCUGUACAGAGAAUAUUUGGACCUCCACAGAUGCCACUCGUUCUUCGUCAGGUCAGGAACCUCUCUGGUGUGGCGGAUUACAUGCCGUCGGGCCACGAUAUUGGACCAGCUGGACUGGGCAACUGGGACAAUUCAUGCUACCAAAACAGUGUUCUCCAAGGCCUAGCAUCUCUGCCUGCCUUCCUCCACUUCUUGCAACAGAGCCUGGACAUGUGCCGCGAGUACAAGAUCAAGGCCGAAACUCAUGAAGCGCUAGUUGCGUUCCUAGAGAAGCUUUCGGAUUCAACUAACAGCAAAACAACCUUGUGGACCCCCAAAGUAUUGAAAUCAAUGGACAGUUGGCAGCAGCAAGAUGCGCAAGAGUAUUUCUCCCGAGUUCUUGACGCUGCGGAGAAGGAAGCAUCCGGCUAUAUAAAGCAGUUGAAGAAGCCUUCAAUCGCAGGCUUGGAGUGCCUGAAAGUGUUCAGGAGGGCUAAUGAUGAAGGCCCGGGAGAAAUUGUUGGACCAGAAUCUGAGACGAUUGUUAGCACAUCAGCAGCGCAGUUGUUGACAAGCACUGCCUCUCUCGGGCAUCGAAACCCUCUCGAUGGCAUGACCGCACAGGCUCUCGAAUGCAAGGUUUGCGGAUACACCGAAGGAUUGUCCUUAACCCAGUUUAAUUGCCUGACUCUAAAUAUGGGCCUUCGAGGGGCAUCGUCUGUUGAUGACUUGCUGGAUGAAUUCACAGCACCGGAAGAGGUCGAAGGCGUUGAGUGCGAGCAUUGCACCAAAAUGGCGCAUGGGAAUGAAGAGUCGCCAUCGACCGAGGGUGCAGAGGUUGAGACUGCGGGAGAGAGGCCGAACAAAAAGCCGACACCGGUUCUGAGAACAAAAGCCAAGCAGAUGACUGUUGGUCGUUUGCCCAAAGAUCUCGUCCUUCACAUUAACCGCAGCAUCUUCGAUGAGUAUGGAAAUCAAUUGAAGAAUACAGCAUCUGUCGAAGUCCCCGUCAAGUUCGAUUUCCUCCGCCGUUGGUGUGCACCCUUGGAAACGAACAGAAGUCCUGUUGCGGCCGUCUACGAUUUAAAAUGUAUCGUCACGCAUUAUGGUCGACAUGACAACGGUCAUUAUGUUGCUUUGGCAAAGCGAGGCAAGGACUGGUAUUCUUUCAAUGACGAGAUUGUUACCAAGGUCUCGGAAGAUGAAGUUCGUCGGCGCGGCAAUGGGUUCAUGUUGUUCUACGAACUCAUGCCAUCCCAACCUGAAUUUGCUUUGGAGCCCUUGUCAGCCGUGCCGCUUCUAGAGCAAGUUGGGAAGCCUUCCGAAACCGGACCAAGCAUAGAACUCACUUCUUACACCGAGAUCGAGAAUCAGCCUGCAGGUGAUUUUGAUAGUGAUACAGUGGCGUCACAGUCGACCGCUGCGCCGUCGACGCAGUUUUCAGACGAUUCUGCCGUUGGAUCUCAAACAAGCUCCCCGAUCGAGACUCCCUGUGAGGCUCCGGACGGAGAAGUCGAGAUCCCUGCCUUGAAGACGACGUCCAGCCCCACAGGCAAUGAACAACACUCUCACUAUCCCCCCUGUGAUUGA